UUACAGUGCACUAAAUAUGAAAUUAAUUUCAAUUUACUGAUUAAAUCUUGGUGUCAUUUCAGACAGUAUCAUAUUUUUAUUUAUUUUUUUCAGCACUGAAGCAUAAUUCAGGUUUGUAAGGUUUAAUUCACGUUCAGGCAGUGAGAAUAGAUUAGGAUUGAUGCCACUUUACUGUUUCCUGCUCUAUGAUAUUUACACUAUGUCACCUGUAACAUAAACACAGGGUUUUUCUUCUAUUGCCCUUUGUAACCUGAUCCGGCAGCAACUGGAGACGCAGCGUUUUUCCAGCGGCCUUAUUUAGAGCUCCGCGGCGUUGGCUGGCCGGAGCCUCCCUCGUGGGCCCCCUUGACGCUUGCACUCAGACAUCCAGUCACACAGUCUCUGGCAGACACACACUCGUGUUCGUGUACACACACACACACACUCGUGUACACACACACACACUCAUACACACCCACUGCAGCCCAGAGCUGGCUCUGCAGCACAGCUCAACACACUGACUGAGCGAGUGGAGAGCGGAGAGAGUUAGCGGCAGGGCAGCCCUGCCUGGAACAGUCCCCGACCCGACCACCCCGGAGCCAGAGCAACGCUUCAGGAGCACCAGGGGAACCGCAGGGGAAGAGCAGAGCGCUUCAGGUUGGGAAGGAGUGGAGAAAGAGAAAGAGAAAGCAGGCAGGUAGGUAGGACGCGUGAGAGGUGGUGAACAACGUGGGGUGGGAGUGACGGUGCACGCCGUGCUGGAUUAGCACGUGCGAUAAGAGAUAAAGAAUAAGAGAUAACAGAUAAAAGAUAAGAGGUAAGGCUUCCCCACGGCUGCUGUUCCUUUGAACCACCAGGACUUUCCAAAGGCUGACGACCCACCUGACCUGGCAGUGCCAAAAGAAAAGAGCUGGCAUUUCUAAAAGGCUGGCAGAAGUGGCAGGAAGAGGCAGGGCGAGAUGCUGGCAGAACUGAGAUGACACCAGCCACUCCUUUGCUCUUUGGCACCACCACUACUUCUUCCAUCGUCACUCCAUCGUCGCUCACCGUCGCUCCAUCUUUCCCCCUAAGGCUGCCGCUGCUGCUCCUCCUCCCAUCCCUCAGCAAAAAGCCCUGCAAACAGGGCUGAAUUAAUCAGAGGUGUCUGCGCUAAGAGGAUCAAUAGCUUACGUUGUGCCAUACACCAGCCUCAGAGCCAGCCAGCGCUCAGCGCUCUGUGGAGUCCUUCUGGAGUCUUGAAGACUUAAAGAGUAUUCGUCAUCUUCAUCAUCUUCAUCUUCAUGGCAUCCCAGCAGAGGACAGCAGGGAAUAGACUUGAGCAUAGAAUGGUUGAGUCUGUGCCUUGCUGGGAUUACUUGGGGCAAACUAGAGGCAUGGAGCUGAAACCUUGAUGGUUCAGAAACGAUGCAUUGGUGUUGAUGACUCGUUGAGAGAAGAGAAGAAGACGCGAAAAACGAGAAUAAUCGAUAAUACGAGGAAACGAGAAUACAAGGAUACAAGAGAUACCAAGACUGAGGAAGUUUAAGCUGUUGAUAUUUAUAGUUUGAGUCUUCUCCCACUGUGAGCCAUAAAUAAAAAAUAUGACUUCACGAUGAGGAUGUGCAAGAUCGGAUUUGACAUCUUAUCCGGGCGAAUUCCACGGAAAAGGCGGGAAAGUGACGACUCCUACGCCACUCUUUGCUUUCUGUUUCUGCUCUACUACUACAGAACGUCGCGAGGACCUUUAAACUGUUUUACAGUUCUUACUCUUACAGUUCUUCUUCUUCUUCUUCCAGCUUUCUUGGACUUCCCUUAAUGUUGGAUGUUGGAUUGUUUUGGAUUUUGGAUCUUUUUUGGGCCUUACUUUUUUGGGAAUGCUUACUUGGUUGCCUUACUCAAAACUAGGGAUGUACAACGUUCGGCUUUCUUCUUCCGAACUUUCAGAAUACAGUGACUUAAUAGAGUUUUGCGGAGGACAAUGCACUCUGUAAAUGUGCAACCAGCCUUCAUGCCUUUGAGAGUCAGUAAGAUAAAAGAAAAAUCGUAUAUGGACUUACGAGAAAACAUGUAACGAAUAUGUGGAAUUAAUGGCGUACUCCAGACCCUACGUAAGGGAUACUCAUUUCCGAAAGAGGAGCCACGCAAACCGCACCUUCGCUUAAAUGAAGACUGGCAGAACUUGCACAGGAAGGGACCUGAAAAUGAUGCAAGUCAAUAAUUUCCCGUUCCGGAGGCAUUCCUGGAUAUGCUUUGACGUGGACAAUGGCACGUCGUCAGGAAGAAGCCCCCUGGACCCCAUGACCAGCCCGAGCUCGGGCCUGAUCCUUCAGGCCAACUUCGUCCACAGCCAGAGGAGGGAAUCCUUCCUCUACCGCUCGGACAGCGACUAUGACCUGUCGCCCAAGUCCAUGUCCCGUAACUCCUCCAUCGCCAGCGACAUGAAUAACCACCUGCAGAGGCCGGGCCUGGUCUCUCGGCGCUCUGAGCCCGUUAUUAGCGGAAAUCAUGGGGACGACCUGAUCGUCACUCCGUUCGCCCAGGUACUGGCCAGUUUAAGAACAGUAAGGAACAACUUUGCAGCGUUAACCAACUUACAGCAGGACAGAACCUCAAAUAAACGGUCCCCAAUGUGUAACCAACCAACUCUCACUAAAGCCUCCUUCACAGAGGAGGCCUACCAGAAGCUGGCCACCGAGACGCUGGAGGAGCUGGACUGGUGCCUGGACCAGCUGGAGACCCUGCAGACCAGGCACUCCGUCAGCGAGAUGGCCUCCAACAAGUUCAAGAGGAUGCUGAACCGGGAGCUGACCCACCUGUCGGAGAUGAGCCGCUCCGGAAACCAAGUGUCCGAGUUCAUCUCCAGCACCUUCUUAGACAAGCAGCACGACGUGGAGAUGCCCACCCCUCAGACUCAGAAGGAGAAGGAGAAGAAGAAGAAGCCCAUGUCUCAAAUCAGCGGCGUGAAGAAGCUGAUGCACAGUACCAGCCUCACCAACUCCAACAUCCCUCGCUUCGGGGUCAAAACCGAGACCGAGGAGUCCUUAGCCAAGGAACUAGAAGACGUAAAUAAAUGGGGCCUUAAUGUUUUCAAAGUCACCGAGUUUUCGGGGAACAGGCCUUUAACGGUGAUGAUGUACACGAUAUUUCAGGAAAGAGACCUGCUGAAGACGUUUAAAAUUCCAUUAGACACUUUUAUAACCUACCUGAUGACCUUAGAAGACCAUUAUCACGGAGACGUGGCGUAUCACAAUAACAUCCACGCUGCUGACGUCACCCAGUCCACACACGUGCUGCUCUCCACGCCUGCUUUAGAGGCCGUUUUCACAGACCUCGAAAUUCUCGCUGCCAUUUUCGCCAGUGCGAUUCACGACGUGGAUCACCCCGGCGUCUCCAACCAGUUCCUCAUCAACACCAACUCAGAGCUGGCUCUUAUGUACAAUGACUCAUCAGUGCUGGAGAACCAUCACCUGGCUGUGGGCUUUAAGCUGCUCCAGGAGGAGAACUGUGACAUCUUCCAGAACCUGACCAAAAAACAGAGACAAUCCCUGAGGAAGAUGGUUAUCGACAUCGUAUUAGCCACUGAUAUGUCUAAACACAUGAAUCUGCUGGCUGACCUCAAAACGAUGGUGGAGACGAAGAAAGUGACGAGUUCUGGAGUUCUGCUGCUGGAUAAUUAUUCAGACAGGAUACAGGUUCUACAGAACAUGGUGCACUGUGCGGACCUCAGUAACCCCACUAAACCCCUGCAGCUGUACCGGCAGUGGACGGACCGGAUCAUGGAGGAGUUCUUCAGCCAGGGGGACAGAGAGAGAGAGCGAGGGAUGGAGAUCAGCCCCAUGUGUGAUAAACACAACGCCUCUGUGGAGAAAUCCCAGGUGGGCUUCAUAGACUACAUCGUCCACCCUCUGUGGGAGACGUGGGCCGACCUGGUCCAUCCGGACGCCCAGGACAUCCUGGACACGCUGGAGGACAACAGGGAGUGGUACCAGAGCACCAUCCCGCAGAGCCCGUCCCCCGCGCCCGAGCAGGCCGAGGACGGGGGGCGUCCCGGGGGCGGAGCCGAGAAGUUCCAGUUCGAGCUCACGCUGGAGGAGGACGGAGAGUCGGACACGGAGAAGGACAGCGGCAGCCAGGCCGAGGAGGAAGAGGAGGAGGAAGAGGAAGAGGAAGAAGAGGAGGACAACAGCUGCAGCGACUCUAAAACCCUCUGUACGCAGGACUCCGAGUCCACCGAGAUCCCGCUGGACGAGCAGCCGGAGGAGGACGAGCACGCCGCCGGAGAAGCCUCCACAGAGCCCAGCAUGGCCGAGGAGGAAGAGGAAGAGGAAGAGGAAGAGGAGGAGGAAGACCAGCCCGCCGGAACGUAGCAGCGUAGCAGCGAUGCUGAGCACGUCUUAGCGAAUAAUGAAUAUGUUAUUCAUAAUAAUAAUAAUGAUAAUAAUAACAAUAGCAGGCGGGCGGAGAAGAAGAGACUGGAGAAGAAGAUUUAGUUCCAAAAAAAAAAAAACAGAAGCGCACCUUGCACUCCUCAGACCUCGGCCACGCCCCCUCGCUCUGCGGAGGCGGAGCCACACGGAGACUUUGGCAGAUUGUCCUUUUUUUGCACUCAGGAAUAAAAACAUUUAGCGCUUUUUUCUUCUCGUCUUUCCUUUGUUCACUCCUCCAGCUCUCCCGAAGCCACUCUCUCCGGGCGACGCCCCCCUCCUGCGCAUGCUCUUCGGGCCGACGCCCACCUCCAGCGCAUGGUUGAACAAUGCUGGAGCUGAAACCACUGUGCUUUCGUCCACAUUACCUCCUCUUCAUCCUCAUCCUCUUCUUCCUCUUCCUCUUCCUGCUCCUCUUAAUCAUCUUCCUCUUCGAUCACGGAAGCAAGAGGCUUCCGGAAGUUCUGGAAGUUCCAAAAAGCUCUGAAAGUUAUGAAAGUUCGGGCCGCCAAAAUGGGUACGAAGACGAGCAGCGAGGGCGAGCAGCUGCAGCGCAUGCGAUUGCGCAGAUCUCCAGUUUUGUGGCCCGGCGGGGGAUGAUGGGAAACUAUAUUAGGAAUGCAUUGGAAUUCUUUGGCUUUCAAAGAGAACAUUCUUUUUUCUACAUUUAAAAGUCUUCCUGAAAAAACCUGACUGAAAAAAAAAAGAAAAAUACAUCCGGAAUCAUGCGGCGCGGUGCCGUCAUGGCCUCUUGAGUUUUUUGUACGGCGUAGAAAAACGAUUUACCUACUGCGAUUUUUACCUAGAUGUUACUUUUCUUACGGAAAAACACCAACAACACCAACAACAGCAAAGAAUUAGCUUUUUAUUUCACAGUUUUGUUUUUGAGAAUCUUCUAGAGAUUGAAGAAGAGUAACUUGCAAGUACGCUUUCGCGUGUGAUGAUCAGUGAUUUUAUGAUUUUGGCGUUUUUACAUUUGUACGUUUUUCACAUUGCGUCGUGUGCUUUUCGCCUGACUCCGUUUUAAUGUUUUAAUGAUUUUACGAUUCUAUGAUUUUGUUCAACACUGCUGUGUCCUUUCUAUUUUGUUUUCGCACGUUUCUUCGGUGAACAGAUCUAUUAAUUAGAUUAGAUUAUAUUUUUGUUGAACGUUUUUCUCAGUUCUGAUUGGUUGAAGCCUCUUAACACAGUGUGAACGAAUCCAGUCGCUCGUAUAAAAUGCCUCACAGGAAACAGAAAACACUAUCGUUCCUAUAUUUCAUAUACAGUACGUUUAGUGAACUGCAGUUGCACAAGCAGGACCUCCCUGCUUUUGUUUGCUCAGAUGAUUUAGAAAUUCCUAGAUUUCUCAUCAAUAACUGCAGGGUUGAUUAUUACAGUCAUUAUCUUUCACUCUAACCCCACUAUCAGUUUAAACUCAAAUAAAUUAAAGAUAUUCCCACACAUUACUCAACUACUUUGAGUUUGUUAGAACAUUUGUGGCUAAAAAUACAUUUCUAUUGGCUUUUAAAACAACCUAUUUGCCUAUAACUCACCAUCAGUGUGUAGUCAUUCCCUCCAGGCUACCUUAGGUUAAAUUUUAGGUAGCUCAUGUAUUAAUAUAUAUGUGGUAGGCUGUAAGAGCAAGCUGUUAACUCUGUAGCAUUUUUCUCUGUCUAAUUUUCUGUAGUUCAAAUUUAUAUUUUACUUAGAUUAAAGUAAAAAGAAGACUAAAUAUGCAUCUGUUUUAUUCAUCUGACCAUAAAAUUCAAAGUAGAAUUAUUGUGCCAUGCACAAUAUAACAAAUAAAUUUUAUAUAAUUUUUCGAUUUAUCAAAAAAAAAAACAUCAAAAAUGUAGGCUUAAUAUUAAUUAAGUAGCAUAAACUUGACUUAAAUUCAAAUAUUCUUCUAUAAAAGAGUCUGCUCUUGAGUUUAAGAAGCAUCACAAAUGAUAAUAAAUUGGUUAAAAAUGAAUAAAUUUGGGUAAAAGUAAAUUAAAUAAAAACAAUAAAAUGAUUUUCUAUGAUAAUAUACAGUGUCCUACAGAUGUUGAAGGUAAAGAUUAGGUUAAAAUGAAUUCCUUUUAUUCCUUAAAGUCCUUAACCGUCAUCAUACAUACAAAACUUUACACACUCGGGUUGGUCAGACACACAAUUUAAAAUAGAUUUUAAUUUGAGUCACUCGUUGUUUUAGGUAGUUUGGAAGCUUCGAGACUUUGUUUUAAAUGCCUUUUCUUUAUGUUUUGGAUCUCUUAUAAAAGCUGCAGACAUUUAAUCGUACGUAAAAAGCUCAGUACAGUAUCUGAUCUGACGUAGAUCCGCUAGAUUCCACUAGGGGGCGCCGUGUUGUGCAGCACCUUGAAUAUGGAUAUAGUUAAACUACGUGAACCACUUCCAUGCGUACGAUUUCACGUACAGUUGCGUAAGGAAUUGUGCUAAACUUACAGAACAAUCAUAGAGUUUGUGUUUUUUUUUUGUUUUUCAUUCUCCCAGACAGUUUUCUUAGAGGGCUAGACAUAAACGUUAGCCUCCUUUCCACUGCAGGGCGCUACAGCUACAUACGAAAACGUGAGACGUAAUAAUGGUUACCUUAUGAGAACGUAUUGUAUUUCUCAUGUAACGUUGCCAGCUAGACUAAAUACUUUAAAUGCUUUAAAAUAUAAGGGAAACAUUAUGAAAAGUCAGUAGAUUGAACGUUCUUAGAACUGUAGCUGUAGUUAACAUGCUAGAAGCAUAGCAUGCUAACAGUGCAUUAGCAUUAUCGCAUGUUGUGAUAUUACGCCGGUAUCAUUGUUUCACCCAGUUUCCACUCAAUACUGUACAGUAGUCCCGCCCUUUAAGGAAAAGAGCAAAUCAGCUUGCUGCUUACUCUGCCACUAAGUGUCACUAAGCCCUCUCAAUAAGGAGACACAAAUAAAAGUCCCAGUGUUUUUUCCAUUAUGGAGCCAAAUGCUACAAACUCUUCACAAAGUUUUUAUCAGAUUUUAUCACUGAUUUAAAAUAAGUUGGGUAAAUUAGGGUAAUUAAAGUAAUUAGAGUAUAUUACAGUAUAUUAAAGUAUUUCAGUCUCUCCCCAUCUCUGUAAAAAAUAUAGAGAAAAAAUAAGAUAGCACUUAAAAAUGAUGAGUUUCUUUGAUUUUACCAAAUUGAAAACCUCUGGAAUAUAAUCAAGAGGAAGAUGAAUGAUCACAAGCCAUCAAACCAAGCUGAAGUUAUCCAAAAGCAGUGUGUAAGACUGGUGGAGGAGAACAUGAUGCCAAGAUGCAUGAAAAAAAAACUGUGAUUAAAAACCAACCAGGGUUAUUCCACCAAAUAUUGAUAUUGAACUCUUAAAACUCCUUAUGAAUAUGAACUUGAUUUUUUUUGCAUUAUUUGAGUUAUUUCAGACAUUUCUCAUUUUCUGUAAAUAAAUGCUCUAAAUGAGAAUAUUUUUAUUUGGAAUUUGGGAGAAAUGUUGUCUGUAGUUUAUAGAAUAAAACAACAAUGUUCAUUUUACUCAAACAUAAACCUAUAAAUAGCAAAAUCAGAGAAACUGAUUUGGAAACUCUCUCUUAUUUUUGAUGUAUUUGGUCCUGCAGUGGAAAAGACGUCGUACUUCCAUCCACCGGUUUAUCUCGCUUUUCAUGCCAAAUAAAUAAAACGCGCUCCUUCACUGGACUUGCACUAUAUUACUAUAUAUUUACUAUAUAUAUAUAUUACUAUAUAUUACUACAGGAAUCACAGCACUUAGCCACAGCGAGUGGCUCUCUCUUCACUUCACAUUAUUUAUACAGUCAUAUGAAAACAUGGUUUUAUGCUUUUAUUUAUUGGUUUGUUACCUUUUACUGGGGUGUAUAUAUACUUAUAUAAAUAUAUGUAUAUAUAUAUAUUUGGAAGCGUUACUGUAGAACACAAACUGUAGCAUAGACGGCAUGUUACUUGCAAGUUACUUUUUUUCCUGUUUUCUUUUUUUCUUUUUCUUUGUUAGAUUAUUUAUUUUUUUUUAUAUAAAGUAAUGUAAAUAGAACAAACCUUUUUAAGGGCGUAGUAAAAUCCGCUUCACAGAAACUUGAAUCUGGCUGUUAAAGUAGUGCUGAUUUCCUUAAGACCGUUUUUUUUUUUUUUUGUUAUUAUUACUACUAUUAUUAUUAUUAAUAUUAUUUGAAUUAUUGUUUUAUUUAAUAUAUUUUAUUUAAAAGUUUUGUGCCAUGUUUUAUUUUUAUUUUCUUUAUUAUUCCUUUAUUUUCGGAUUUUUUUUUCCUUUUCACCAAAUGACCUUACCUGUACUCGUUCUGGAUUUUUGAUUUUAUUUUAUUUUGUGUUCAUCUCUGUUUACAGACAUUUGUGUAUUUAUUACGUUGUAUAUAUUGUAUAAGGUUUGUUGUAAAUGAUAACCGAUUCUUACUCUAUCAUCCCUAAUGGCGAUGGUGUUGCUGUAUUUGGUAAACUCUUGUUGAGAGAAGGUUUAUUAUAGAUAAUAUACAAUUUAAAAACCAUUAAACACUAAAAAAAAGGAUAAAAUAAAAUAAAACGGAAAAUAAAAAAAAAGAAAAACGGACAGUCACCUUUCGAGCGCGAGCUUGCGUACGGAGAACCAGGGGAACGUCGAACAUGAUGGAAAUGACGCCACUGGUGUUUGGCCCCAGGGCUGUGCCUUAACUUAAAAUUAAUAAUGUCUUUUUAUUUGUUUGUCUGUCCGUUUAUCUGUCUGUUUGUCCGUCUGUCCGUCCGUCUCCUCCCUCUUUCCGUACUUUAGUCCGUAGUUGCGUAGUUACACUGGGAAACUCGACCCGUUCUGCUGCCUGAUUACAGGACGUAAUAAGUGCUACAUUGUGAAGCUAAAGCUUAGAACAUGUUUAUAAUUCUAGUACAGUUUUAGUACAUAUUUCAGUAAAACUGCUGCAGUUCCAGAAAAAGAUAGAGAAAGAAAGCGAGAGAGAGAGAAAGAGGCACAAAGCAAGACUAGUACAAGCCCGAAUCAGAAAAGAUUGCAAUUAUAAGUAUGAAAAAAUAAAAUAUAAUAAAAAUAUAUUUUAUCUGGUUUAUUUAUCAUUAUACAUCUAUCCAUUUCUGCAUUGAUUAAGUGAUUCCACUAUGAUCGGAAGACCGUUGAUUCAAAUCCCGGUCAUGCAGCUUGCUUGCCAUCAGCUUCCGGAGUCUUGAGAGAGCACAGUUGUAGAGACUUGCUCUCUCUGGGUGGGUACAGUACAGUAGAUGGCACUUUUUCCCCUCAUCACUCCUAGGGUGAUGUGGAUCAGCACAAGGCUGCGUCUGUGAGCUGAUGUAUCAGAACCGAGGCCUUGCUUUUUCCUCUGAGCGUUAGCGCUGUGAUGCUACUCAGCAAUGCUACAGCAUCAGCAGCAGCUUAAAAAGAGGCGGAGUCUGUCUGAUCUCACAUGUGUUGGAGGAGCCGUGUUAGUGCUAGUCUUCUUAACCCUCCUGGUGUUGGAGGGCAUCACUAGCUGAAAAGCAGCUGAAUUCAGGGAAAAAAUGGGAAAAAAAUUGUAAUAAAUCUUAAAAACACAGGAAUUUAUGUAUAUUAAUGAAUGAAUUGAGCAGAUAAAACAUAUAUUUGAGUAUAUCUUGGGUUCAUACUGUCUGCAAUCAAAUGAAAGCCAGUAAAAGUAAAUGUAUUUUUGCAUUUUGGAGUUUUCACUUUUCUGAUUUGGGUUUGUAUACUUAGGUCAAAUAAAAAAGAGGAUGUAAACUAUCAUUUGGCUGCACAGGUUCGAAUGGCACACGCGAACCGCCGAACACAAAAACGCGAAACGCAAAAAUGCAGCCGGAUGCAAUAGACCCACGCGCAGACGCUCACGCAGGAGAAUGGUUGGUUGGCCUAUAGGUGCUCGCUGGCUGCAUUUAUUACAGAAUAACGUCUAACUUCACGCUGUUCCAGAUUCGUUCAGGUACCGUCCGCUACCUUCGUCUCAUCCAGCCUUGUAGACGUGCUUCUGCACUAAAGACAUCAAAGACAACGACAGAAAGACUUAGACGUUUGUAUGUUUAAAAAAAUUGCCUAUUUUCUGACACGCAUACUGUAGAUUUAGCAGCCCUGGACCAAAGCCAAUCGUGGCUAUUAUUAUUAUUAUUAUUAUUAUUAUUAUUAUUAUGACUUUUUAGUGUCAUUAAAGGGAUACAUAAAUGGAUUCUUCGAGAUUUAAUUCAUUAGGUUACAUCUUUCAAUGACCUUAAACUUUUUACACUUGUUUCACUGGAUACUUUGUCUCUUACAGUCUUUUGACAGUACUGUAGAUUCUGCUCCAAUCAGAAAAGAAAAAAAAAAAUUUUAUAUGCAACAGAUAAAAUAAAAGCAUGGGUUGAUUCUGA